AUUCUUCAUGUCAUAAAUUUGCAGGGCCGGGGUCAACUAGAUGAUUUCCGAUUGCUAACUUUGCCAGAUCACUAUCUCGAGAAGUUCAUGCUUGAAGAUCCUAUAGGAGGAACACAUUUGAAUAUUUUCAUGGCUGGCUUGAAAACUGCUCAUCGUCUUGUGGCAGUCAGCCAUACCUAUGCUUGGGAAUGUCAAACACAGGAAGGUGGGUGGGGCUUACAUGAUGUACUUAAAGAAAAUCGAUGGAAACUCAGGGGAAUUGUAAAUGGAAUUGACAGUGAGUGGAAUCCAGAAUUUGAUGUCCAUCUGAUUUCUGAUGGAUAUGUCAACUAUUCUUUAAAUACACUUGAAACAGGCAAGGCCACAUGUAAAUCAGCAUUACAGAGAGAGCUUGGCUUGCCUGUAUGCUCUGAUGUCCCAUUAAUCAGUUUUAUUGGUAGAUUAGAUCAACAAAAAGGAAUAGAUGUUAUUGCAGAGGCCAUGCCUUGGAUGAUGGAGCAAGAUCUACAGUUAGUGAUGUUGGGGGCAGGAAGAGAAGACUUGGAAACUAUGUUGCAUUCCUUUGAGGUUCAAUAUCGUGAUAAGUUUCGUGGAUGGGUGGGAUUCUCUGUUAGAACAGCCCAUCACAUUAUAGCGGGAGCAGACAUUCUAUUAAUGCCAUCAAGAUUUGAACCUUGUGGACUAAACCAAUUGUAUGCAAUGCAAUAUGGAACCAUUCCUGUUGUUCAUGCCGUUGGGGGGCUGAAAGAUACAGUCAAGCCUUAUGAUCCACUUGCAAACUCUGGCACUGGGUGGACAUUUGAACCUGCAGAAUCAGCAGCAUUGAUCGAUGCACUUGGGAAUGCCUUACGGACGUAUCAUGACUUCAAACAAAGUUGGUUGUCACUCCAGAAGUGUUGUAUGAGUCAGGACCUUAGUUGGGACAAUGCUGCACAACAGUAUGAGGAAGUUCUUCUUUCUGCAAAAUAUCAAUGGUGACUCAUUGAACACAAGCAUGACUGGAUAUGCUAGCAUAUGCUUAAUUCUAUGCCAUUCAUUGAUAUAUACUCUGUUAGUACGAAGCUCUUAACAUAUUCUUAACAAUAAUGGGAAAGAAAUUUCCCAAUUAGUAUUGUUGGUGAAUCACUUUCUAGAAACUUGUAAGCAGUGAUGAAGAGAUGGCCUGAUUCCAAUUCCAAGAGCAAACAUGCCAAUACAUAGCCUGCAAACAAUAAACGAGCAUUUCACGUCAUGAUCAUACCAAGCACCUGCAGAGAUUGUCGGUGAUUCCUAACUUCACUUGAUUCUGUAUCUGUCCGUUGAGUUUUGGAGCAAGCUUUGCAAGCAUGCUUUAAUUCUUGUAACUAGACCUGAAGGAAUCUGUUGUGAAACAAACAUCAUAGAGUUGUCUCUUCCUCAACAUGUCCCCAAAUAUAUAUCAUUUGUUAUUACAUAUAUUUCUAAAUGUUCUUGACCUUAAAGAGGGUUGUCAGUGCUGGUGGUGGCUCGCAUUCUAGAAAUUUUUGUAGGCUUGAUCAGGAUAUGCACUGAAUCUGAUCAUAGAGGAAGUACAUCAUAUGGUGUCUGCCUAAGAAAAUGUUCAGCGUUUUGCUCUUAUUGGAGAAAUAUUCUCAGGCUUUUCAAUAAUCCUUUUCUUUUUAGUUUAAUCAAAUUGUUGAUCACCCUUCCUGGCUCUUUCUGCAAGCUUGUCAAGGAUAUUUUAAUUAUUGAAAUUGAACUGGAAUUAAAUUAUUGUACAGCAAGCAUUGAAUGAGAUCAAAAUCUUCUGGCAA